AUGGAGUAUGGAAUUUAUUUUAAUAAAGAUGGUGCAAAUGAAAAUAUAUCAGCCGCUUUAAUGGACCUGGAAAAUACUUAUUUUAUCGAAAAUUCAGAUUCUGAUAACGAAAAAAGUACAUUAGAUGGAGAAAUUGAAGUUGCUUCUAAUAAUGACUAUAACAAUAUUGAAAAUCUUAAAGAAAAUUUUGAAGAAAUGCGUUUAAAUGACUUCGAAUUUACAGAAAAUUAUGAUAAUUAUAUUGAAGAUAAAAUUUAUGAUGAGUUGAAAUUAAAAGUAAAGGAGUUUUUUGAUAAAGGAAAAUGCUCAUGUCAAGUUAAGUGUUUUGAAAAAAUUGGUUAUGAACAGUUUCUUGCGCAUCGGUUAGAAUUUGAAAGUUUAGACAAAAAUAUACGAGACGUAGUUGUUAAAGGACAGCUUAUGACUUUUCAAAAUACCAAUAAUAGGAAAAAUUGUCGUUUCAAAUAUUGUUUUAAUAACAGUCUUCCAAUUUGUCGUAUCACAUAUGAAAAUCUUGUUGGGAUUGGUCAUACACAUUUAGAUAAUUUAAUAAAGCAUUUUCGAGAAUAUGGCCUUGAAGAACGUAUACAUGGUAACACUGGUAGAGGUCCAAAAAAUAUGAAUCGUGUUGAAAUAAAUUAUGUCAUGUGA